AUGUCUGAAGAGCUCAGGGAUGAGGUUGAAGCCAUCAACUCCAUCUAUGGCGAAGGCUGCUUGGUGCAGUCGAGUACAGCGGCCAAUGUCUACAUCCUUCAACCACCUGGCGAAUCCUCAUCACUCCUCGUCGAGUUUCCUUCAAGUUACCCAGCAGAGCCGCCCACUGUGAUUGGUACUAACAGUACUGGUCAACAUGGAAAGAAGGGCGAUGCAGCGCGAGAGCUAUCCCUGUUCCGCCAAGCUCUGGGAAGCGUCUAUCAGCCGGGGAUUGUGUGCCUCUUUGAUGCCAUAGAGGAGCUCGCAAGGCUACUGGAAUCUCUGGCACCCGAGGACGAACCACAAGCGGACCCGACCCCUGAAGAGGCAGAGGAUGUACCUGCUGAUGCCGACGUUCGGGACGAGAUGGAUAUGAAAGAGCCCCCAUGGGUCUUAUCGGACCCGGUGGUGGAGCUCAGGUCAACUUUCAUCGCGCGGUGUGCUGCUGUGUCAUCGACUGUGGAGGCUGAGGCGUUCGUCCAGCAUUUACUCCUCUCAGACAAGAAAAUCCGGUCAGCCACACACAACAUCACGGCUUGGAGGAUCAAGGGACCCAACAACACGACAUUUCAGGAUUGCAACGAUGAUGGAGAGACCGCAGCCGGAGGUCGGCUGCUACGCCUGAUGCAGCUCAUGGACCUGUGGGAUGUAAUGGUUGUGGUCACUCGUUGGUAUGGCGGCCACAAACUGGGCCCACAUCGAUUCGCCUUGAUCAACCAAGCAGCGAGAGACUCAUUUGUCAAGGCAGGUCUGGUCCGUGACUCUUCCACGAAGAAAAAGGGAACUGGGAAAUGA